AUGGCUAAAUUUGGUGCAGUUUGUGUUCUGUUGGUUUGCAUGUGGCUUCGAGUGAGUGCUGCAGCUUUACCAGGAUUCGACGAGGAUCGAGAUGUGGAAAAGGAACUCUACAUCCGCCAGCUCGCGGAGUGGCUAGCCGAUCAAUCGCCAGAUUUUCUCAACGAAUUAACCAGCUUUCCUCCGUGUCGGCCCUGCGGCUAUGAGCACAGGCAACCGAUUAGCGUCGUUCCCAGAGCCUCGUACGCGAAACGUAAUUCGGAAUUGAUAAAUUCGCUUCUAAGCCUGCCGAAGACGAUGAAUGACGCGGGAAAGUAACCAACCAACCCGGCCAAAGCGUAGAGGUUCUGCUAGACUGUUUUAGUGUGAGCAUGGCACGCUGAGGAUAGUGAAGAAAUGCGAGAUCCUUUUGUUUCGCCCGGUCAGUGAAACAGUUUUCCUCAUUCUUUUUCCUUCCUAAACCUCCAACCGAUGCUAAACUAGUGCGUUAGAGAAAUGUCCCGCAAGUCCAUAUUGAUGUUAUCGGUGAACUGAUUGUAAAAUAUACAGUACAACUUCUAUUACUACUAUCGGUACUACUACUUUUAAAGAGCAAAUUUCAAGUGAAUCGUGCAUUAUCAUUUUGCGUUACACCCGGUUGCAUAAACGAUUUUAGAUGACGUAUUAUUUUCGAGUGUGUGGCAAAGUU